UAUUAAGUAUGAAACUACUGUUAGUGAAAAUCAAAAAUAGCAUCACCGAGAUCUUGUUCUUCAACGGGAAAAAUCGAUUCCUAUAAUGGCUAUAAAUUUAAACUUUCAUGUCCUCUCAAUUUAGUUAAUUACACUUUGCUUAGUUUAAUUUACUGAUUUUUAUUGCUUAGUUUAAUUUACCGAUUUUUAUUGCGUUUAUGCAGAUUUUGGACUUUUUGGUGUUGGAGACUGACUUUGAAGAUUGUAAACAAUUACACAGAAUGAAUAAUUGAGAAUUUAAGCUGAAUUCACAAAACCCACUCGGGAAAACAACCGUUUCCAAACAAAAUUUGACUAGAUCCUCCAAAAUCCAACUAAAAUCAAUCAAACCUUCAAACUCAUCCCAAAAUCAAUGGCGUCAAACCUGAUACGAAAUUCACUGAAAGCAAUCAACUCACAAACCCUACGAACCCUAACCAGUCAUCGCCGUCCUUUCAGCGUGGCAGCUGCCGAAACCGAAGAAUCCGACGCUUUCACCUUCUCAUCUGACGGCGCAGCAGAUGACAGCAUACACUUGAAGUCGUCAGCAAAGACGUCGUCAUCUGUGUCGAUGCCAUUGUCGUUCAUGACUGGGUCAAUCGUAGGAAAGAGAUUCUACAAGAAGGUGACUACAAAAGAAGCCGAUGAUGGAAAUGGUUGGAGUGUUAUGUUGGAUUAUCGAACUCUUAAAUCACCUUCAAAACGCUCUCUUAAACUCCCCACUCUCUCUCUUGCUAAGGCCAUUGCUGCUGAGUGGGAUUUCCAGCAAACAGAUGGAAUUAGACCCUUCACUAUGCCACUCAUGAAGCUUGCUUGCACUGCAUUAGAACGAGUUCCUUUAACCCGACCCAAAAUUAUUAACAAUUUAAUGAGCAAAUUCAACCAAGACUUGGUUUUUUGUCGAGCUCCCAAUGACAAUGUACUCACCACCGGUGUCUAUGAACGGCAAGUUGAGAAGAUAGAUCCUCUACUUAAGUGGGUGGAGUCGGAAUUUGGCUACCAGCCUCUGGUGUAUACCAGUUUUUUUGGUGGCAAACAGGAUGAAGGUCUUGUAAAAGCCAUGGAAAGUCUAUUGAAGAAAGCAGAUGACUGCGAACUAGCAACUAUCGAUGCAUUGACAUCAGCAUCACACUCUUUAAUCAUUUCCAUUGCUGUAGUUUGCGGUAGAUUGCAAAUUGAGGAGGCCGUUGAGUUGAUUAGGCUUGAAGAAGAUCUGCAGGUGGACAAGUGGGGUCUUGUUGAGGGUGGUCAUGAUGUUGAUCUCGCAGAUCUGAAGGUGCAGAUUGCGUCAGCCGUGGUGUUCUUGGGGCUGUCGAGGGCAUAGUAUUACAUUCCGAACUUUUUAAUGCAUCGGUUGAUUGUGCACUCUUCGUUUUUGUAUGCUCCAUUUUGGGCGGUAUUACGUACGACAACCACGUGCCGGAGCUUUUUGUAAACAUGUUGUAGCCUUUGCGAAAUUUGCAAGAGCAAUAAUAAUCUGCUUCAGAAUUUUUGCUAUUUAA